AUGACGAAAGUUGGCCAGAGAGAUUCUCCGGCUACAGCAGAAGCUUCCACUCCGACGGCGAAGAAACGCUUUUGGACUCCGCUCAAAUUCGUUGCAAUCUUGUGUGUCAUCAACUUGAUCAAUUACGUGGAUCGAGGAGUGAUCGCGAGUAAUGGUGUUAAUGGGAGCGCAAGAGUAUGUGAUCCCAAAGGGGUUUGCUCAGCAGGAACUGGGAUUCAAGGAGAGUUUAACUUGAGUAACUUUCAAGAUGGUCUUUUGUCAUCUGCGUUUAUGGUUGGACUUCUUGUUGCUUCUCCAAUCUUCGCUGGAUUGUCAAAAAGAUUCAAUCCUUUUAAACUAAUCGGUGUGGGAUUAACUGUUUGGACUCUCGCUGCUAUUGGUUGCGGCUUCUCUUACAACUUCUGGAUGAUUGCUGUUUUUCGAAUGUUUGUUGGAGUUGGUGAGGCUUCCUUCAUUAGUCUUGCCGCACCUUACAUCGACGAUAGCGCUCCUGCUGCACGGAAAAAUCUCUGGCUUGGAUGGUUCUACAUGUGUAUACCAGCAGGAGUUGCUCUAGGCUACGUCUUUGGUGGAUAUGUUGGAGAACAUUUGGGAUGGCGUUGGGCGUUUUACAUAGAGGCAGUCUUAAUGGCUUUCUUUGUUGUUUUAUGCUUCUGUAUCAAACCACCGAAGCUAAAAGGUUUUGCUGAUAAAGAUUCGAAGAAGCCCUCUGCUUCUAUUGAAACAGUCGCUCUUGCAAGCGCAGAAGCUUCACAGAUCAAAACCGAAACCCCCAAAUCCAAGAGUAAGAAGAAUCUGUUUGUCCUAUUUGGGAGAGACUUGAAGUCUCUUUUCAGCGAGAAAGUGUUUAUAGUGAAUGUUCUUGGUUACAUCACAUACAACUUUGUGAUCGGAGCUUACUCGUACUGGGGGCCUAAAGCUGGUUAUGGCAUCUACAAGAUGAAGAACGCAGACAUGGUUUUUGGAGGGCUUACAAUCGUAUGUGGGAUCAUUGGAACAUUAGGAGGAAGCUACGUGCUUGAUCGCAUCAACGCUACACUUCCCAACACCUUCAAGUUACUAGCUGCGUCGACUUUGUUCGGCGCAGCCUUGUGUUUCGCUGCUUUCUGCAUGAAGAAUAUGUAUGCCUUCAUCGCUAUAUUCGCACUCGGAGAGAUUCUAAUCUUUGCACCACAGGCACCUGUGAACUUUGUGUGUCUGCAUUGUGUUAGACCAAACUUGAGACCAUUGUCGAUGGCGUCUUCAACUGUUUUGAUCCAUGUCUUAGGAGAUGUUCCUUCUUCUCCACUUUAUGGACAAAUGCAGGAUCGUCUAAAAAACUGGAGAACAUCAACUCUUAUAAUUACUUCAAUCCUCUUCCUCGCAGCUAUUAUAUGGGGCAUUGGGAUAUUUAUGGAUAGUGUGGACCGGUCUAAUGAAGAAGAAAUUGAAGAUGAUGAUGAAGUCAAAGAAGAGAAAUUGGAAAGCAAAGCAGACAACAACUCUUCUGUCGUCUAA